GUAACCAAAGGCGGUUCUUCCCCACUUUCCAUUUCUGUAAUUCCUUCCUUAUAUAUUUGCACUUGGAGCUCAAGUUCUUCUGCUUUCUUAUCAAACUAAUUAACACGAGAGACCAUUCAAAGGUUAAAUAUCUAGAUUCAGCAUCGUGUAUCUACACGGUUUGAUUAUUUUCUUGUCUUCCAAUGGAUUACGCAAGAACCGAGUCGUUGCAAGCUAGUUUAGAUUCAGAGCAAGAAGGAUCAACGAUAUCUGAAUCUGGAAGCUGUGAUGCUUAUGAUCAUCCAAGACCGUCUUUCGCCGAGGAACACGGGCUUGUGGAGCUGCUCGAAGGCGACAAAGCUUACGAUCUAAUCUACCGCAACUGUAAGUCUGGUCUUGGUGGAGACCAAUGCCAGCUCCUCUCCAUCCUCAGAAACGGGUUUGGAACCCUCGGGGCUCGUGCAAAGCUCAAGUCCUUCCAGGUUUUUCAAGAGGCGGUGGAGACGAAACACGUCGGUGGUGAAGGCGGCGGCGGGAGUAGAGUCAAAUACGGUUGGUGCGCCGUCACGAAAGCAGAGUUGAAGUCUGUUUUGGAAUACGGGUUUAGCCAGCCGAGUAACGACGGAUCUUAUGGUCGUGGCUUGUAUCUCUCCCCUGAUAAUGCGCUUCUUGAAUGUGUGAAGGAAUCAGCUGCGGACUCAGAGGAUGGGAUGAGAUUUUUGCUGCUUUCGAGAGUUAUACUUGGAAAGUCGGAGGUUGUUCCACGAGGCUCGACUCAGUCUUGUCCUAGCUCACCAGAGUUUGAUUCUGGUGUAGAUGAUUUAGCUUCUCCGAAGAAGUAUAUCGUGUGGAGCACACACAUGAACACACAUCUCUUGCCUGAGUUUCUUGUCUGCAUCAAAACUCCGUUUAACUUCAACCGUAAGCAAAACCAAAACCAGUCUCCAAGGAGAUUGAGAUCGCCAUGGAUGCCAUUUCCUGUACUGAUCAAAGCAUUGUCGAAGUUCCUACCUCAAUCUCAGAUAUUCAUCAUUCAAAAACACUACAGAGAUCAGCAAGACAUGAGAAUCUCGCGGAGCGAACUAAUACAACGAGUCAGAAGAAUAACAGGAGACAAACUGCUUGUUCAUAUCAUCAAAACUUUAGGACAUAAAGUACAACAACGUUGAAAAACUCCAUUGCAUAGAGAUAUCACUCUGCUGCGUUUAUGGAUUCCUCCUCGGACUUUUCAGCAUCACAAAGGAUCAAGACCGGUUCAGAGAUUUGCAUGUGUACACAUACAGGAAUCUGCUGUUGUCUUUUUCCAUGAUAGUGACGAAAUUUUAUUCUU